AUGCUGUUCCCAACAGCCCCCGAUUACUUUCUCCGAACAAUGAUCAGCGCUGCUAUGGAAACACCGCAUUUGCUUUAUGCGCUUUUAGCUAUCGCUUGCAGUCACCACGGCCGUCUUGUUAAAGACUCGACUCCAAAGCCCAAAAUGACCUGUCUCAAAUACACCAACUUGGCAAUAUCCAAUUUGCGCGAGACAAUAAAAUCUCAAGACCAAUCCCUCAAAGCUGAAACGGUGACAACGGCAAUGGUACUAUGCACCAAUGAUGUCUGCAAUGGGAAUAUGCAGGCCUGGAGAACUCAUCUACGAGGUGUGCUACGCCUCUUGGCUGCACGUUUGGAGCACCAAAAGGACUUCGAUGCCACCGAAGAGCCCUUUAUAUGGGCAUUAACUAAGUGGUUUAAAACAAUGGAUAUCAUAGCAGCAUUAUCUGGGUUUGAUGGAGUGUGCAUCCAUGACCCCGGGAAUGGACCGUUGGAUAAAUCACCGAGUACCGAGAAUGUCUAUAUCGAUGACAUUUGUGGCUAUUCCUUGGUUUUGAUACCACUUCUUGCACGAGUCUCUGAAUUGGUCCGUCUUCAAAGCCUUCGACAUGUGCCUAGCGGAAUCGACUCGAGUAAUGGACCAUCGCUAGAGACGAUGGUUGAAAUAGGAGCUCUCGAAACAAAAAUCCUCUCGUUGUCAGACAAAAUUGCUCCCAGUGGAACGGAGGAGAAGGAUAAGCACCUUGCUAUCGAAUUGAAAAGCACACAUCUUGCUUUCGUGCACACAGCAUUGCUCCAUCUCCAUCGCCGGGUCCAGCUGUUGCCAACACAUCACUCUAAAGUUCGGUUGGACAUCGAGAAUAUCCUUGACGCCCUGAACAAUAUUCAACCAUCCUCACCUGCCAAUAUUCUCAUUCUUUGGCCCAUAUUCAGUGCCGGCUGCGAAACUACAAUUGUCACUGAGCGAGACAUGAUACAAGAACGGAUGACCAAAAUGCAAGGCCUCGGAAUGGGCAACUUUACCAGAGCCCGGGAGCUCCUUCAAAGGUUUUGGGAAUCUGAGAGUAACCUGCCUUGGGAUAUUUACUUUGCGCAGCAUGGGCUCGAGCUGGUUCUCUUCUAG